AUGUCAAAUAGAUCCUUUAAAGACAAGGAAAAACCAGUUGAAGUUCGACUCAGCAACAUCAUCGCUGCUAAAGCGGUUGGUGAUGCUAUACGGACCUCUCUUGGUCCUAAAGGCAUGGAUAAAAUGAUUCAAACUGGAAGCGGUGAAGUCGUUAUCACUAAUGAUGGAGCCACCAUUUUGAAACAUAUGUCUGUUUUACAUCCUGCAGCUAAAAUGCUUGUUGAUUUAUCUGCUGCUCAAGAUGUUGAGGCAGGAGAUGGUACGACGUCUGUUGUAGUAAUUGCAGGCGCACUUUUGGGAGCCGCGGAGAAAUUGCUUGGCAAAGGAAUACAUCCUACAACAAUUGCCGAGUCUUUUCAACGCGCUGCCAACAAAUCCACCGAAUUUCUUACAGAAAUGGCCAUUCAUAUUGAUUUAUCGGAUAAGAAAUCCUUGUUAAAUGCUGCCAGUACCUCAUUAAAUUCAAAGAUCGUUUCACAAUAUUCCGGCCUUCUUGCCCCUAUCGCCGUUGAUGCUGUAUUGCGUGUAAUUGAUCCAGCAACAGCUACGAAUGUGGACUUGAAGGAUAUUCGUAUUGUUAAAAAAGUUGGUGGUACAAUUGAUGAUACUGAAUUGGUAGAUGGAUUAGUACUUGCACAAAAUGUGGUUAAAACUUCCGGGGGGCCAACUCGCAUUGAGAAAGCUAAGAUAGGCUUGAUUCAAUUUCAAUUAUCUCCUCCAAAGCCUGAUAUGGAGAACCAAAUUAUUGUUAACGAUUAUAGGCUCAUGGAUAAAAUUCUGAAAGAAGAACGACAAUAUCUUCUUAAUAUGUGCAAAAAGAUAAAAAAGGCUGGAUGCAACGUUCUUCUCAUUCAGAAAUCAAUUCUUCGAGAUGCCGUUAAUGACUUAUCUUUACAUUUCUUGUCAAAACUAAAGAUUCUAGCGGUUAAAGAUAUUGAAAGGGACGAGAUUGAAUUUAUAUGCAAGAGUACUGGUUGUAAACCAAUUGCGGAUAUAGACUCAUUCACCGAGGAUAAACUUGGAUACGCUGAACUCGUUGAUGAGGUUCAAACUUCGGGUGCUCGUGUUGUUAAAGUUACUGGUGUCAAACACAUUGGCAGAACUGUAUCAAUUUUGUGUCGUGGCGCUAAUUCUCUUGUUUUGGAAGAGGCUGAGCGUUCGUUACAUGACGCGCUUUGUGUAGUUCGUUGUCUUGUAAAAAAAAAAGCCCUUAUUGUGGGAGGGGGAGCACCAGAAAUUGAAGUUUCGCAACGAUUAUCAGAACACGCGAAAUCAUUAAAGGGCAUGGAAGCUCAUUGUUUUGAAGCUUUUGCUAAUGCACUUGAAGUUAUUCCAGUCACAUUAGCCGAAAAUGCAGGAUUGAAUCCUAUUAAUAUUGUUACCGAGUUAAGAAAUAAACAUGCUUUGGGAGAAAAAACUGCGGGAAUAAAUGUUAGAAAGGGUACAAUUACCAAUAUGCGCGAAGAACACGUCAUACAACCAUUACUUGUAUCAACUAGUGCAAUAGAAUUAUCUGCAGAAACAGUAAAAAUGUUACUUAAGAUUGAUGAUAUGGUACUUCCAAGCUGUGUGCCUAUUCUUUUCUUUUCAACACUUUUCACCACUCUCUUAGCUGUUCUAUAUAUCGUCUUUGGUAUAAACAUAACUCUUCCUGAGAGUUUAGUUGGUACUGUUGCUGUGGUGGUCGGUCUUCUUUUGGCUUUCCGUACGAAUAAUGCCUAUGAUCGUUAUUAUGAAGGCAGAAAAUUAUUCACCUCAAUGUGCACUCAAAUUCGAAAUGCUACAAGAAAUAUUUGGGUUGGAGUAAGAGAACUCGACGAAGCUGAUCGUAAAGAAAAAGAAAUGAAUAUUAAACUUUUAUUGGCAUAUGCAGUUGCUAUUAAACAUCAUCUUCGUUUAGAAUUUGGUACGGAUUGGUUUGACUUGACAAGUCUUCUCCCUGAUGGAUUUCAAUUAACGUACUUUGAUGGAAACGUUGCACAAGAAAAUACGGUAUUGGGAGCUGGGCAUGAUGAAGAUCCUAAUAGGAGUGUUGCCAAUAGACCUUCAUCGGAUAUCCCUGAACAUUCACUUCGUGUUAUUGCAAAUAGAAUGUCUCCUUCAACUUAUAAAUCUCUUCGUAAUUCAUACUCUCGUGAUGAAACAACUAUAUGGUUCGGAGCAUCAGAAUGGGGUAGUGAUGUUGAUGCUAGUAUGAGUUUGCCACUUGAAAUUAUUUUUCACGUCGGGUUAUAUAUUGAUAAAAAACAACAUAAUGGUUCUUUGGAUGGUGCUCGUUUUGGUGCAAUUUCUGGAAAUUUAAAUUCUCUAGUUGAAAUUUUCGGUGAUUUAGAACGAAUUAGUGACACCCCUAUCCCAUUUGCUUAUAACAUUCAUUUGAAACAAGCUGUCCUUUUGUAUGUUUGGGUACUUCCAUUCACUUUGGUUGAUAAAGUCGGAUGGGCGGUUAUUCCAACCGUCUUUUUGGUUGCUUUUGUGCUUUUCGGUGUUGAAGCUAUCGGUGCUGAAAUUGAAAAUCCAUUCGGUUUUGACAAAAAUGAUUUGCCAUUGGAUGGAUAUUGCGAUGAUUUGAAAGCUGAACUUGAAUACUUGCAACGUCAUAUUCCUUCCGUGAAGGCAAUUCCGGCAUCUCAAUCUCCCCGUUAA